UCAUAUGAAGCUCUGACCGGAGGUUCGAGCAUCGAGGGUUUUGAGGAUUUCACCGGAGGAAUCUCAGAGAGCUACGAGCUGAGCGCUGCUCCUCCUUUCCUGUUUCACAUCAUGAGGAAAGCUCUGAAGCUCGGCUCGCUGCUCGGCUGCUCCAUCGACAUUUCGAGCUCCAGGGAGACGGAGAACAUCACCAGCCAGAAGCUGGUCAAAGGUCACGCCUACUCCAUCACUGCAGCCAGGCAGGUUCAGCACCACGGUUCUCCGGUGGAGCUGCUGAGGAUCAGGAACCCCUGGGGUCAGGUGGAGUGGACCGGAGCCUGGAGCGACGGGUCCAGGGAGUGGGACGGUGUAGAUCUGGAGGAGAAGCAGCAGCUGGAUCAUCGCGCUGAGGACGGAGAGUUCUGGAUGUGCUACAACGACUUCCUGCGUCAGUUUUCCCGCCUCGACAUCUGCAACCUGACGCCCGACACGCUGAGCAGUGAGCAGCUCGGCCGCUGGAGCUGCAGCGAGUUCGAAGGCUUGUGGAGGGUCGGCGCCACCGCUGGCGGCUGCAGGAACUACGCAGCCACGUUCUGCUCCAACCCUCAGUUCUUCAUCCGGCUCGAUGACGUUGACGACGAUCCUCAUGACGGAGAGGACGGCUGCACCGUUCUGAUUGGUCUGAUGCAGAAAGACGCUCGCAGGGAGAGACGCUUCGGACGAGACCUGAACACCAUCGGGUUUGCUAUCUACCAGUAUAAAGGGCGCAGCAACGUGCACCUGGGCCCGGACUUCCUGCUGAGGAGCAACGCCGUCGCUCGCAGUCAGAGCUUCAUCAAUCUGAGAGAAAUCAGUCAACGCUUCAAACUUCCUGCCGGAGAAUUCGCCAUCGUUCCCUCGACCUUUGAACCGCAUCGUAAAGGAAGCUUCAUCCUCCGAGUGUUCACUGAGAAGCAAGCUACCGCCAGUCCGAUGGAAGAAGACUUGAACGCUGAAAUCCACGAGCCUGAAAUCGGACAGAACGACGUCGAUCCUCAUUUCAAACGUCUCUUUGUUCACGUCGCUGGAAACGACUCUGAAAUUUCGGCUCCGGAGCUCCAACAGAUUUUGGACCGAGUGAUCUCUCAGAGAUCUGAUGUUAAAACUGAAGGUUUCAGUCUGCAGACCUGCCGCAACAUCAUCAGCCUGAUGGACGUAUCCUUCAUGGACAGCAGCUCUAAACUGGGUUUGGUGGAGUUUCACGCUGUGUGGACAAAGAUUCAGAGAUACCUGGAGAUCUUUAAGAGUCACGACUCAGACGGUUCUGGUACGAUGAGCAGCCACGAGAUGAGAGCAGCGCUGAGUGAAGCUGGGUUCCAGGUGAACAGCUCGGUUCUGCAGGAGAUCGUGGGUCGAUACUCUGACAGCAGUUACGCCGUCGACUUCGACUGUUUCAUCGGCUGCUUGAUCCGGCUGGAGAUGCUGUUCAAAAUGUUUCACACUUUGGAUCCGAAGCAGCGCGGGACGAUCCAGCUGGACCUGCAGCAGUGGCUCUGCCUCGCCAUCAACUGACCGCUGCUCCAGGUGCAUGCUGGGAGAUUUCAGCAGCUGACUGCUGCUCCAGGUGCAUGCUGG